GGCGGUGUCGGCACGGAGACCACUUCCCUGGCCACCGCUAUCUUCACCUCCAGCACCCCUCCAACACAGACAGUAAACACACCCACCACCAACGCCACCACCGCCACCACGCCCGCUAGUAGCGGUAGUGGCGGUGGCGGGGCCGACUGA